CAUUCGUAGGGGCCAGCGCUUGGCUCUAUCGGGAAAGAAAGCAACGGCGGACCUUCAGCAGGUUACGUGCGACUAGCGCAGCGGCUGCAAUCUCUCGCUCAGCGUCCCUUAUCGGCCUCUCCGAACAGCAGGAGAGGCGUGACUAGACAGUGGCGAGGCUACCGCAGUGUUUCUAUCGCGCUAACGCCGUCUACAGCCCGCGGAAUCCGCAGCCAAAGGACACGCCAUGAGCCAACCCGUUAACGGCGGUCAGGCGGCCGACGAGGCCGAACUGGAGCGAUUAUUCGGCCACAUGGAAGAUCUGCGUGUCUCGGAGGCAGCACUAGCGUCCGUCAGCGCCUCAGAGGACGAGGAGGACGAAGAAGAGGACUCCAGCGCUCUAGAUGAUAGUGACGACGACGAUGGCGACGAGGAUAACGACGUAGAAGGCAGCGACGAGGAAGAGACGAGCUGGAUCGCCUGGUUCUGCUCUUUGAGGGAGAAUAGCUUCCUAUGCGAGGUGGACGAGGACUACAUCGAGGACGACUUCAACCUCACGGGGCUCAGCAGCAUCGUGCCGUACUAUGACUACGCGCUGGACAUCAUCCUGGAUAUCGAGACGCCCAACGAUAGCACCCUCACACAGAUCCAGCAGGAGAUGAUCGAGUCAGCGGCCGAAAUGCUGUACGGACUCAUCCACGCACGCUACAUUUUGACCACCAAGGGCAUGGCCGCCAUGUUAGACAAGUACCAGAAUGUAGACUUCGGUCGCUGUCAUCGCGUGUACUGCCAAGGACAACCAGUGCUCCCCGUGGGACAGUCAGACGUGCCCAGACACACAACCGUCAACGUGUUUUGCCCCAAAUGCCGCGAUAUCUUCUUCCCCAAGUCGCAACGAGCGGGCCAGAUCGAUGGCGCGUAUUUCGGUGCGACGUUCCCGCAUGUGUUCCUUAUGACGCAUCCCCACUUGGUAGUGCCCCCACCGACGCAGACGUAUGUGCCCCGAGUGUUUGGCUACAAGAUCCACAGCUCCAGCGAGUAUUACACCGGCAAGAAGAAGAGUUCGUCUGGUCGAGAGCGGGAAAAGAACCGGAAGAUGAAGACUUUGAUUGACCGCUUGAAGGGUCGACCAAAUGACGAACAGCAGGCUAGGUGAACUCGGGAGAUAUAGCGGUGAAGAGAGGGGGGGGGGGGGGGGUCUUUGGCUUUUUUGCAACCGGGAAGGACUCGCGAGGAACGGCGACAAACGCUGCGUAUGACUUUGCGAAGGCUCUCCGAUGGCUCUGAUCGGACUAUUGCAGCGGACUACUUAGUACUUCGCUUACUAUUUGACUAGCGGUGGAAGCGCGUAAUGUACAUGUGCACCGUUGGUUGUCCCGUUCCAUUCUCAGUUUGGCUUGUAGAAAUCCCUCGUGUAAUUGCUCUCUUAGCAGGAUGCAAGCGAGACUACGGUAGUGCAAGGAUGGCGUCGACUUCCCAUGUAACGUGGCCGAUUCCAUCGCGGUAGAGUUGAAGCGAGAAGAAGAAACCGCGUUCCGAACUGACCAAGUAUUCUUCGACGAACUCCAGUGACAGUGUUGGCAUUUUGCUUCGUGUAGAGCGCGCUGGUCCAUCAUUAAAGGAUUUCGUGUACAUCUCGUCGACAACUGCAGUCGGCAGGAGACGGAUCAAUGGGAGUGCUUUGGGUGGGGUCACUGACUUGACGCUUCCUUUGACGGCUGGUCUCUGGUACAGUGCAUUGAUGCUCACAGCCACGGUCAGAAGCUGGUCAGUGUGCGUGGUUUCGUUGAGCUGUAGCAGAACUGAAGGUCCGUCUUGUGCUGGAUCGUCCCCAUUGCUUACAGCACGUACGUGACCGAUGAAGCCAACGUGGCGGUGUUCGAACGCCUCCAUCCGCUGCAACAGCAUCGACAGAUCGCUGCAACAAGCGAAAAUUAGUCGCCAUAUCGACUCAACCACUACUUGUUCUAUACGAGUCGUACCUGAAUGAACACACGUCCAAGUUGAACGCUUCCUUGAACUCUUCAGUACUCGUUGGUAGCCGAUUCCGAGGCCGGUAUUUCUUCUCAAUAUGCGCACUCAACUUGCUCUCCCCGAGAGCUUUGCGCGAGGCGAGGACUGCGUUCUUGUUGACGUUGUUUGCGAAGUAGACGUUCAGACUGCACUCUUCAAGAGAAUGAAACGGGAUCACCGCUUCGUUCAUCCGUAGAACCGAGAAUGUGCUUGUUUUUGCGUACUGGAUCCGCUUAUCCGGCAGUAUGACCCACUGGAGCUUGGUGAUCAUUAGUGUGUUGCCAGCCUCGAGGGACCGAAACACUGCUGGCUGCGAGUAUUCAGCUAACUUGAUGACCAGCUCGUGAGACGAGCUGCUGUCGAUCAUCUUGAUCCACCGGUACUCGGUCACUUCCGAUGAACCUUCGUCCAGUUUCCGCUUUCGGCAGAUCCUCCCGACAUUUGAUAAUACCCCGACGAAGUCAAAGUACAUGGCAUCGAGGUCGCCUGCGUUCUUACCCCAGUACUGGGUAUUCAGCGUCGUCACAAAGUUGCACUCCAGCCACGACAGACAUAGCUGAUGAAGAUGCCAUGAACCUGGUUGUUGCGAGGACAGCGAAGCAUCAGCAAGGAGACGUGGGGCAAUCUUCGCCAGUUCGAGGAACUUCCAGUACUUCUCUGUAUAAGAUGACACGGCAACAAAAGCGUAAGUAGACAGCAAAGAAUGAGUUCCAAACAGCAAUUCUUACUUGGAACAUGGUACACGAUUCCAGACGAGUCGUUUGGAUAGGAUACCAAGGGACUCGUUGUUGCCAUCCACUGAAGUUCUCGUGGAUUGACGGAUGAAUAACCUCGAAAAGAAAGGAGGUCCCCUUCAUGCAGGGACAGAUAGUACUUGGCGCACAUGGCGCCGAAGAACAUCACUUCGAAGACACCGGUAGCGUCCACUAGACAGCACACAAAGAGAGAUUAGAGUACAGCUAAACUGAUCUCCAGCCAAGUUCUAGCUCCACCUACCAACAACCGCGUUGAAUGCAAACGGGAACGGAUUCGAUAUAUUCGGGUCCCCCAAGUUGAGCACCUUCGACUUGACACGGAUGGCUCCCAGCAUAGGCGGGUUCAAAUUACUGAUGAUUCCCUGUCGAUUGUUCAUCUUUAUCUUGUCGAGGGCCUCCAGGAUCGUGUGGAGCUUCUUGCACUCGGGCGUAAACAGGUCCGAACAGUAGUCCGGAACGAUAUUCCAUGCCACCGAGCUAGUCGCAGGUUCAUUACCCGCCGUGGGCAUUCCGUAGCGAUUCGGCCAGUUGCUUUCCAGCUCAUCCAGCGGCGAGUCCUCGUCAGGUUGUCCUCCUGUGAAGCUGCAGGCCCAGUCCAAUGUAUAAUGAUCUGAUCGCAUUGGCAAAUAGUACAGCCGCUCUCCAACCAAGGGGAGCAGAUCCACUUCUCGUGGGUGGGUAGUUGAUAUAAACUUAAGCUGGUCAUCAGCUUGGCGGGAUCCGUAGCGUCGAGCCACCACUUUAUCCGGCAAAAUCCCAUCGUCGCUUAGUGAUGUGACGACCACGUCCUGAAGCAGCACCACCCGAUGCUUGUACUCUUUAUCCUCCAUGAAAACCUUGAAUUUAGUCACCUGAAAGCAGAAAACGAAGUCAAUACAUGAAAUUUACAGUG